GUCGGUGCGAACAGUGGCGACGGCGUGAGAGACGAGUCCGUCAGCCCCCUUGAGUAUCGCCGAUGCCACGUCCUCUAGCUCGAUGCGGAUCCCGUGUAUCUUGACCUGGUUGUCACCGUCAAUGCGGCCACACAGCAUCAAGGAACCGUUCGGGAGCAAAUAGCCCUUGUCUCGCGUACGGUACAUCUUCUUAGACUGUGGAGACCCAGCCUUGACUUCGAAACUGGCAGGCGGUUCGGGCAGGAAUGCGCCCUCGGUUCAAUUUCCUCCCACCGCUUGCCUUGUCGAGUCGUCGAAAGCUCGCCGCGAUACGGCCGGUAACCAUCUCGCCGCCCACCAUUGCCGUCUGCAGGCUGCGACACCUCGCCAGCUCCUCCCCUCGCGCGAGCAGCAGGCUCCACUCGGUCGGGGUGGCG